UGCUAGGAACUUCAUCAGUUGGUCGAAAGUAGUAACUUACUUUAUUUGAAAUGGGUUAAAUUAAUAUUUCUAAUACAUAUUGACGGUGUGCAUCUUACCGUCGUUAUUCACGCUGCUAGACCUAAGCAUUGCAACAGCUUGUUUUUGAUGUCCGUUGAUUAGAAACUCCAAAAGAUGGAAAGGCUUUUUGGAAUUUUCUUUUUUCUAAAAACUUCUUUAUUGAGUGCUCCGAAUAAACAACAAAUAUUUCGAUCAUGGAAUAUGUGAAACUUCAUUACUAUAAAAAACAACACGUUAAAUAAUAUAUAAAAUAAUAAUAUAUAAAAAAAAGUUACUGAUUAUUUUAUUUCUAUUGAUUAAAAAAUUUGUGAUUGGUAUUUAUAAGAUUUUCGAAAGCUCUGACUUUAGGCUGAAUCCAUAGAAUUAUCCUAAAAGUAACACUUUCAAUAAAUUAAUUAUGAUUCGGUUGUAAUAAUAUGGAAAUUUUUUUGAUAUUACGCAAAGGGCUAAAAAUGCACAAAUUUAUUUUUGAGGUGGGCCCUCCCUAUAAAAGCUUGCUAAAAAAAGCUAUUGCUUAAAAAUGGAUUCCAGCAUACAUUACUUAAACAGUAAGGUAAAAUUGGACCGUGCUUGUAAGAAAGACAAAUCAGGGCAAACCAACCUUUUAAUUUCAAAAUAUAUCAGAGCAACACAAAUUACGAAGUGAAGACAAAACUAUUAUUAUUAGUAUUCGACUUAACAAUGAACUUCUGCGACAUCAGUAAUUAAAAAUUAAAUAAAACGUAUAUUUUAAAAAUGGGUUGCUAUUUUUAUUCCGCUGAUUAAAAAAUCCCAGCUUUCUUAUUGGCAAUAAUCGUCGGUGGGACAUGUAAUAAGCCUCAAUUGCAUCUGCCUUGCGCUAAUUAACUCUAUAUUCUUCGCCUCAGUGAUAAGCAAACGUAUAGACCUUGCGCCAUCAUUAAAUGACGUCCUACUAAAUUCGUGACAUUCGAGCGAUCCAGUUUAAAAUCGAGUUGCCCAAUAAUCAUCGUAACGACUCGCAGGAAACCGCGCGCGAACCUAGACCUUCACAAUCUUUAAUAGCGAAAGUUGAUUUAAACAAAAUCAGAAGCGACCAUACCAGCACGGGGUAUAAAAACCACCGAAUUCCGUGAAAUUAUCAUCAGUUCGAUUUUGCACCUGAGUAGACCAUAAACAACAAUGGCAGCUAAGUUCGUAAUCUUCGCCGCUGCUUUGGCCUAUGCCAAUGCCGGCUUCAUCGAAUCGCCCGCCAUAGCUUCCUACGCGCCAGCUCCAGUGGCCUACUCAGCUCCGUUGCUGACCAAAUCCGUCGCUCCAGUGAUCUCCACCUACGCCGCCAACGCUCCAGUGAUUUCCACAUACUCGGCUCCAGCGAUCUCAAAAUCCGUCGUCUCGACUUACACCACUCACUCCGCUCCAGUAGUGUCCGCUUAUUCAGCCCCGGUUUAUGCAAAGUCCGUUGCUCCGGUAGCUGCUUACUCGGCUUACUCAGCUCCAAUAGUUUCGAAGGCAGCGUAUGCAGCUCCAGCGUUUUCCGCUUACUCAGCUCCAGCUCUAGAGGCGUAUUCCGCACCUAUCAUUUCCAAAGCCGCCUACGCUGCACCUGUGGCUGCAUAUGCCGCCCAUUCCGCUCCAGUUUUCUCUUCUUAUUCGGCUCCGGUGUUGGCUAAGUCAGUAGCCCCUAUCGCAUACUCGGCCGCUCCAGUGGCUUACUCUGCAGGUCCAGUCGUUUCAUCGUACUCCGCCCCAGUGAUUUCUUCGUACUCAGCUCCAGUAGUGGCGAAAUCGGUGGCCCCAUUGGCGUACGGCGCUCCAGCCUGGUGAACUGUGAUAAUGUAAACGCUUGCUACUUAUUUAUUUGAGUUGAAUAA